AUGGAUAAUCCAAAGAAGUUACCAGAACUUCCAAGUGAAUUGCUUGAAUUAAUUGUUAAACAUCUUGAUGUGGUAGCCUUUUGUUCAUUUGGUGUUGUUUGCAAGACUUGGUAUGAAAUAUAUGAUUGGUCCAAAGAAGAUUUCUUAGAAUCCCAAGCACCAAUGGCAAUUCUCAUGUCAUCAAGUGUCAAGCAUAUGUGCUAUUUGUUUGAUAUGGCUAAUGGCAACACAAAAAAGUUUAAGUUUUUAAACCUUUUCAAAAAAUUCUUUAUUGGGUGCUCUGCAGGAUAUAUGAUCAUUGAAGACAUGAAUCAUCAAAUUUCUAUUGUAAAUCCUUUAACUGGACAUGAAUUGAAUUGUCAUACACCAUCUUUUACCCUAAAAGGUGAAUCUCUUUAUGACCGUAUUAUCCUAGUUUCAACAUCAUCCUCUGAAAGCGAUGUCAUCCUUGUCAUUUGUAAUAGCAAGCACGAAAUUCAAGUUUUUCAUUCUAGAAAAAAACAAUGGUUUACUAGCCUAUAUUUUGGGGCACCUUGGGUAGACAUUGCAAUUUUUAAGGAACAAGUUUAUGUUGUUACAAAUAAUGCUCAAAUUGGAAAAUUGAGGAUGAAAGAAUCAAACUCGACAAAUAAAGUGUUUAGUUGGAUGACUGUGAAAAACACCCCUAAUGUGAAUUCCCAAGAUUUGAAGUUGGUGGUCUCAAAUAAUCAACUUUUAAUGGUUGAUUUUGUCCCUGAUCAACAUUUAAAUAUUCAUAAAAUUGACUUUGAUUCAGUGAAGUGGGUUAAGGUAGAUAAGUUGAAUGAUCAAGCCUUAUUCCUUGGAAAAAGAUGGGACUCAUCAAUACGAAAAUCAAGUAAAUGGGGAGGCCAAAGCAAUUGUGUCUAUUACCUAGAGACUCAAUCUACCAUGUGUUGUGUAUAUUCAAUGGAAGCUAAAUUGAUUCAUAAGUUUCUGCUUAUGGAGAACUCAACUUGUUCCAGACAACAAUCACUUGGUUGGUAUUAUCCACACCAAUGCAUGAUGGUAGAUUAUCAUAUGGAUUCUGAAAGAACAUGA